AUGACAUCCGUUGCAACCGUCUACUACGAGGCAUCCGCCACAAGUUUGGCAUCCCAAAUUGAUUCAGACAUACCCGUAGCUACAGUUGUGCCAUACGAUCAUGAUCAUGACAAUACGAAUGAUGACGACGACGACGAAUCAUCGUCAUCAUCAUCGUCAUUAUCAUCGUCAUUAUCAUCAUCAUCAACGUCAGAUAAAGAUUUGCAGGAGCGUCUUCAAAGCGUACUCCAUCAACGACGAGAUAUUAUCAACUUUAAACAAUAUGCCGUGAGUGAAGAACAUGUGGAACGAAUGCAAGAAUUGGCCCAAACACUUCCAGAAAUAUUUGCCAAUCCCACCAAAACCCAACGAACCCAAUGGUUCCGACAUCCCAACUAUGAAACGAACAAUCAAAUGCCCAACCUUCAUGUCCAUUAUCGACUCGAACUACAAGGCGUUCUACUGUAUCUUCAAAAGGCUUUUCACCAACUGGAACAACAACAACAACAACAACACGACGAUGAAAAUCCAGCACACGCCAGCAGUCUCAAAUCGGCCUACUUUCAAUUCAAGGGCAGCAUGGAAGGAUUGCAUCGUCAUAUCGCCGUGGAAGAAUGGAAACUAUUUCCAGUCUUUCAAUUAAGACACCCGCAAAUUGAUCUCAAGUUCUUGUACGAAGAUCAUGCCGAUCUGCACCAGAUCGAAUCGAAACUCUUGCAAGCACUGUUGUAUUUGUAUGAAACUUCGUCAGCGUUAGGAUCAGGAGGAAUCGUUCAUGACUUGAAAGAACAAGUGGUCGGUACGAUUCAAUUGGCAUUGGAUUUUGAUCAGCAGCUCAUGACACAUUUGGGAGAAGAAGAGGAGAUUGUUGUUCCAUUGUCCUUGACCUUGGAAGGGAGGCUGAAAUAUUAA